AUGUCCGAAAGCGUCAAAAGGAAUAUCAAAUCAUUUACACCUUAUGUAGCAAAACCCUCAGACAUCCCCUCAGUAGAAGCAUCCAUGGAUCCAUUGAGGCAGUUUCGACCACUCCUAAAAGUCCAAACCUCACAUGACCCUUAGGUCUAAUAGAUGUCAACAGAUCAACCAUUUUAAACAAACUUACUUUUCCACCCAACUUUUACUUCCUUUGAUAUUUCUUAAAGAGUUUCGUUGGAUGGAACAAGUGAAUACUUGCUCAAUCACUCCAAAAUUGGAGCUCCUCUAGUAAAUAGCUCUCUUGAUAGUAAAUCAAGAGAUAGACAUGAUGUCCUGCAAUCCUAAAGUCGCUUUUUUGCCUCAAUGAUGCCCAUCUUUUUCACUUCCCCAAUGCAAUCCUUUUACCCCUGUCUACCUCAGCAAUGCCAAAGUGAAAUGCCUCGUCAAUCUAAUAAUAGUCUUGAUAAAUAGACUAAAACCAAUUCAAUAAACACAGCCUAGCCAUCUGUUGGUAAACCUCCCUCUUAAAACCAAUAAUAAUAAGAUUAACCAUAGAAUCAACACAAGUGGUUAAAACACGUAAGCUCUUGUGAAAGUGUGUACAUGAAGGAGGAGGAGAACAUGUAGAAUGAGGAGAAACAAACUAAAAAUGAGUAAAAUUUGACGAAGCGAAUCAGGAAAAGAAUACCAGUGGAAGAGAGUUCGGAUUCCUAUAAAGUCCACCGCAAGAAGAAGGGACCUAAAGUCAAUGAUACCAAGAAUAUCACGAAAAACUUUUCAAAAGCAAUUAUAUCUUAUAUUCUGAAUGAUGAGCAAUUAAUUUAAAAGUUUAUUACCAGCGAACAAUCCGAUAGCUUCAUUAGUAUACUAAAGAAUAAAAAGAAUCAAAUGACAAAUAUCAAACAACUCAGAGACUUAUGGGUUGAUAAUGGAAGAAAUCCUGAGUUCAAUAAAGUAUUUCGAAUCAUUAGCCAAUACUUUCUAAAAAAUUAGGCAGUUCCAUACGUGUACAAUUCAAGAAUUUCUAACACAGCUUGGCAUCUCAAAUAUAGAUAAAACCUUUUGAGAGCGCUAAGAGAACCUGAAAACUUUAAAUUUAUAAAAGAUAUAUGA